GGAAGCGGUUCCGCAUUCUGUGUCUGUGUGUGUGUGUAUAUGUGUGUGCCCGCGAGCUCGCCGAUACGCUGACAGCCGAACGAUACGAUGUAACAGCGACGCGUGGGAACGGAAUAACCUCCCGAUAACGCGCGAGCGAACAAACCUCCCCGGGAGCGGUCGGCGCGGAUUGCGCGUUGAUUUGCCGAGAAGGCGGUCGUGAUCGUAACGCGCCGAUGUCGUUCUCACGGGAGUGAUCUUCUCGCGGAUCGCAGCCCCGCGUUUCGUCCCGUCGUCCGCAGCCGUUACGCCCAUCGUCUGCGGCGGGGGGCUCCGUCGAUCAGCGCCCGCUCGUUUAUCCGCACGCACCGGGACUCAUGGGGAACAGCACGUCGUGCUGCGUGUCGUCCAGCCCGAAGCUCCGGCGGAACGCGCACUCGAGGCUGGAGCCGUACCGGCCCGAACCGGAGCUGAGCCGAGAGGACACGGGCUGCAACCUGCAGCACAUCAGCGACAGAGAGAACAUAGACGAGCUCAACAUGGAGUACAAUCCUUCAGACCACCCGCGCGCCAGCACCAUCUUUCUCAGCAAGUCUCAAACAGACGUUCUUUUACCCCACAAGAAAGUUCGGGAAAAACGGAAAAGUCUGUACGUCAACCAUUUAACACACAUUGCGGAGUCGAAGCAACAUCCAUCCGGCCCAAUGAGACGCAAGUACAGCUCCUGUUCGACGAUCUUCCUGGACGACAGCACCGUUAGCCAACCCAACCUCAAAUACACCAUUAAAUGCGUCGCCCUCGCAAUAUACUACCACAUAAAGAACAGAAACGUGGACGGGCGGAUGCUGUUAGACAUUUUUGACGAAAAACUGCAUCCGCUUUCAAAAUCGGAGGUGCCGUCGGAUUACGACAAGCACGACCCGGAACAGAAACAAAUCUACAGAUUCGUCCGUACGCUUUUCAGCGCCGCCCAGCUCACGGCUGAGUGUGCCAUAGUUACUCUGGUGUAUCUGGAGAGAUUAUUAACAUAUGCAGAGAUUGACAUUUGUCCUGCUAACUGGAAGAGGAUUGUUUUGGGCGCCAUCUUGUUGGCGUCAAAAGUGUGGGAUGAUCAGGCCGUAUGGAAUGUUGACUACUGCCAGAUCCUCAAAGACAUCACCGUGGAAGACAUGAACGAGUUGGAGCGACAGUUUCUGGAGCUGCUGCAGUUCAAUAUUAAUGUUCCAUCAAGCGUCUACGCCAAGUACUAUUUUGACUUGCGUUCGCUUUCAGAGGCGAACAACCUCAGCUUUCCCCUUGAGCCUCUCAGCAGAGACAAGGCCCAGAAACUUGAGGCGAUCUCCAGGCUUUGUGACGACAAAUAUAAAGACUUGAGAAAAGCAGCCAAGAAGCGCUCAGUGAGCGCAGAUAACCUGACAGUGGUCAGAUGGUCGCCGGCCAUCAUAUCCUAAUAACGGUGGACAUUGGGGACUUUCACGAGAGACUGAGAGAAAAAGACGUUCUCUAAGAGGACACAUACGUGCUUAGCACCUCCACAAGACUCUUGAGCCAGAGGUUUUUGUUCUAAAGAGUGUCCUUGCUGAUCGUACGGCUGCUGUAUAUACAAGACACCCACACAAAGAUCACUUUCCAACCUGUGGCUUAGAGAAGAGAGGAGGACACUGCUACCGCAGUUCAGAAAAAAACUAAACAAAACAAAAAACUGGAGUAUGUGAAUAUAAAUGAGGGAGAAAGACGCCCAAUGACUGGAACAGCAUUCCAACAGCUCUGUGUCAUACGUGUUUGCCAUUCUAGGUGAGGAAGUCUUCGUACCGUGUUAAUUGAUCUUGUAUGGUUAGAAGAAUUCCACCCGGAUGCUCAAGAUCAAGAGCCAAAAUCAACCACUUCUCAAGAUGUUCCCUAGAUGUCCUUCCAUUCCUUGAAGUAUUUCUCUCCAAAUGGCUGUGAGCUGAUUAAACUAUAAAAUCACCACUGUUCUUACAUAGUUAUUUAACAUUUUAUCUAAUUAAGAUUUAUUUUAAAUUAAAAACAUCCUUAAUGACGGUUAGUCUAACGAUGCGCAUUAAUGGGAAAAUAUACAAUUUGGACCUUUUUUUGUUUAGUCUUAAUAUUUUGUGUUUUUAUUUUUAUUUUUUUCCUUCAGUUUGUAAUACUCUAUAAAGGCACCGUUUAGUCUUAUUAUAUAAGAGUAAAGGAAGCUGACUUUGUAUUUUCAAAAGAAAAGUGGUGUAGAGGGUUUCCGUAUGAAGUUCCUGGGACUUUCCUUUUGAAACGCAAGAUUCGAUAAUUGAAUGCCUUGAAAUAAUUCGUUGUACAAUGUCAAAAUAGACUGAAAUUGGAAGUUGUAAUACUGAUUUCUUCUGCAGAGCCAACAAUGACAUUCCAUCAUCGAUGAACGUGAGCAUGUAUAUCCUUUUCACCAUUUUUUUUUUAUAACUUCAACAAAAAGCAGAUAUACA